CUUUGUUGUUUUUCUAGUUCAUUAUUAGUCGGCUUUAAGUUUGUUUGUAGUUUGUCUUCAGUUCGGCGAGUUGUUGGCUGGCAGUUCUUAAAAAAAAAAAAAGAAAAAAAAAAGAAAAAUGUACCUAAUAGUGGAGUUUGAGGGAGAAGGGACGACUGGACCAGUUGCCAAGUCCUGGUAUGCUGACGGAUACUCUUGGUGGCCACCAUAUAAAGACAUUGACAGGCUGUUAAAGAGUGUUAAAAUCAUGGAGACACCACAGCCAGAGAAGGGGUGGACCCGGCAUAAAACAAGAAUCCUGCACGAGUCAGCAUCUUUUCACAAUGUAGCCAACAACUGGAAGAAGGCCAGUUAUACAUCCGACAUAAAUUCAGAACCUGAAAUUGCUGGAAAAAGGAUUCCAAAAAAGAAACUGUGCUCCAACCACAUCUACUCAUCGGAUGAUGAGGCACCAGAACAACCACCUCUUAAAAAAAGAAAAAGUGCAGACAAAGAAAGUCUUCCACCAGCACCAAAGCCUCCUUCAAUUCCAAAACGCACAAAGAAAAAAGGUCCUGUUGUGCAACCUCAGGUUUUGCAGAGCAGAGCUGUAAACUCUUUAAGCAACUCAUUUGUCAAUCAGCAACAAUGUGAUAUGGAAGACCAACAGCAGACCUGGUGUGAGAGUCUCCCCAGCUUUCAAGCUCCAGUGCGUGUUUCUCAGCCAGACCAUCACGGAGACGGUUGGAGUGUUGAUCCACCUAACACACAAGAGCACACCUUUUCUGUCAUGAGACCCUCAGGGGACCACCUUGGACGAACGCAGACGACUGUGGGCAUCUCUCAGGCAGACCAUCACGGAGCCGGCUGGAGUGUUCAUCCACCUAACACACAAGAGCACACCUUUUCUGUCCUGAGACCCUCAGGUGAGCACCAAGGAAGAACACAGAGUAAGUUAUAUUUGAUCACUAUUACAGAGUUGUAAAAAAACAAUAAGCUUCAAGAAGCUGUGGUUUUCGGUGAAUUUAUAACAGCUAAGGAGAUGCACACCAGUAAUGUUUUUUUUCUAGUGUACGUUUAUAAAAGCUACAUAAAUAUCCUAAUUGAACUAGGAUAUAAGUUUUAAGAUAUAUAACUAAGGCCUAAUCCUGGCUUAGCCUAAGCCCUGAUUGUGAAACCGGGCCUAUAUCACAUCGAAUCAUAUCGCCGAUACAUAUCAUCGCGUUUUAUAUCGCAAUCGUAAUAUAACGAUGUAUCGUUACACCCCUAUUUUUAACUGUUAAUGUGUUUGAUUGUGUUAACUUUGAUUUUCCUUACACACACAGCAAGAUUUGCAGUCUAAACACUUUUUUCCAGCCCGUUUUGAUUGAGAACAUAUAAACUGUCCUGAUUAUCAGCAGUUUCUAAACAAUCAGAUGAUAGUAUAUGAAAUAAUGAAAUAAUUGCUUGUAUUGGCUGAUACAUCGGUGCAUCUCUAGUUGUAAUUCAUGUAAUUCUUUGGUUUUAUACUAGUGGUGCGCACAGAUUAAUUUUUUUCUCACAUAUUCUGAAUGUCUUCGGCAGAUUUCAAAUGAGCCAUUUUAAUCUAGAUUAAUUCCAAAAUUAAUCUAGAUUAAAAUGGCUCAUUUGAAUUCUGCCGAAGACAUUCAGAAUAUGCGAGAUACCCAAAUUGUCCCUGCGUCCCAAUGUCCGUACUA